AUGUACAAGGUGAUAUCUGGUAUAUUCCAGCAGUACGUGUACACGGUGAUAUGGGGUAUAUUCCAGCAGUACGUGUACAAGGUGAUAUUUGGUAUAUUCCAGCAGUACAUGUACAAGGUGAUAUGGAUAUAUUCCAGGAAAUGUUCCAGUAUUUCUCCACUGUUUGGAUACGGCACAGACUAUGGAGACAGCAUUGUAGAAAAUUUGGAUAAACUUAAAGAAGUUGAUCUAAAGCACCACGUACCGUUCUUUGGGCGGAAAUACAGGACGGCAUAUAUCUCCGUAGACGGCCUGCUCGGUUUCAGCUCCGAAACUAGCUACCGUCAGAUUCAUUACAGUGCUGGCCCCGACGACCCUACGAAAGAUGUUCCCUUUGUCGGUCCUUUCCACUACCACGGAGACAAACCGUCGGACAGCAGAUCGUACCAGGGCGAAAUCUUCUAUAGACUGAUCACGGAUCGGCAUACACUAGACGACUUCAGCGUCUACGUCCUGAACUCAACUGUUGGACACCAUUCUUUCCGCCCCGCGGUGGCGCUACAGGUCACGUGGGUAAACGUCACUGACGCCCUGUCGUUGGAAGAUGAAGGUUGCAGUGCAGUUAGGGGAACUGCAAACCAGUGUCCGAGUGUUACUUUCCAGAUCGUAUUUGUGGCGUCCACUAAGCAUUCGUACAUAUUCAUCAACUAUGAGAGGAUGGCGAUUCCUCUACAUCCAUAUUACCAGGCAGGAUUUAACGGUGGCGAUGGCUUGGGAUGGAAGAGUAUAUUGCCGUGUGAUCCACCUUCUUGCAGUCUCACCCUAAACGAUCUCCCAGAUCUCCAAGGAAGUGACGUCAUAGGUCGCUAUGUUUUUGACCUGAGCGGACAACAAAUACGAAGAGGAGGGUGUAUACCUACAGAACUAGCAGGAGAUAAUCUACUUGAAUUCUACCCGAAAUUCGCGUCUCUUCUUGGCGGUCAGAUGUUAAACAUCUCUGGCACGUGUAUUCCUGCACAAGCAUCCGUCAAGUGCAAGUUUGGAUCUGAUCCUCACACAACAGUCACAGAGGGAAUUGUCGUCAACUCGAUGCUGGCUCGAUGUCCGGUUCCAAGACUCUCUCAACGAGGUGCCACGGAAAUCACUUUCUCUGUUGAUGGUGGUAGAACAUUUCGCCACAAGUCAACUAUCACUAUUGUCCGGAUGGGAAACAUUCCCCGCACAGUGAAACCGCAGCAGGACGGACCGAGACGACGCUGGAACGAGACGGAUGCAGACGAGCUCAGGAUCACGUGGCACGCGUCUCGAAUCUCCUACAACCAGCACGUGCUGCUCGACAUCAAGCUGAUUGGCUUCAGAGAGACACAAACAGAGGUAAUAUGGAAAGUGAUCAAGACUCUCGGUGAGGGCAUUCCAAACGCUGGCACGUUCUCGUUUUUACCAUCCCAGCACCGCUGUGCCGGUGAAGAUUGCCACUUGUUCGAGAUCGGAGUUAUAGAAGCCCAGCUAAGACCAGAAUACUGGACACAGUCCAAUACAGACGUAGCUGUAAGCUAUGGAAUAAUACCGCUCGGCUGGUUUGUUGGCGAUGCGAUGAAGUCUCGGUAUGGAGACAACUGGGUCGUUGACAAGUGUUUGGAGUGGUAUAGCGAGGACAAAAAGGACAUGUCGUGGCUAGACGACCUGCUACACUGCCCGUGCACGCUGGAACAGGCGCUGGCAGACUUCGGACGCUGGCAACCCGAUGUCGGCUGCAGCAUUUACAACAAGAAACCGACAAACUGCCACUACCACAUUGGCGCCAUCCACUGUGUGCGUUCCUUUCAACCGACGAAGCGAGGUUCCGGCAACCAAUGUUGUUAUGGUCCGGACAAAAUGCUCAAAUACGCCGCAGAUUCCUACCAGGGAAGUACCCCCGAUCGCAGCCAUGACUGGGGAGCCGUCCCCUAUAACCGCCCUGGCCACGUGCCGUCUGCGUCUCACUGGCUAGCCGACGUCAUCACCUUCUACUACUGCUGUCUGUGGACGAAUUACGAACACUGCGACUACUACAUGGACCAGCGACCAACCCGCGACUGUAUAGGAUACAGACCACCCAAGGCUGGCAUUGCAUAUGGAGAUCCACAUCUGAGGACCUUUGAUGAACAAAAGUAUAAUUUUGGUGGAAAGGGCGAUUUCUGGUUGUAUAGAUCCCAACACAUCAAAAUACAAGGAAGAUUUGACAUUAGACAGCAAACCUUUAAUUUCAGCGGUUUCAACACGACAGUACUGACCGGCGUGGCCAUGGUAGAAGAAAAUGGGCAGGUUGUAGAAAUUCGACUUGCCCCGCCAAACCUUAUGUCUGGAAACCGACUCCAGGUUUUGGUUGAUCACACCAGCACGUAUUUCAUCUACGAACCGCUUCGAACACAGAACUACAAAGGUGUCUCUGUAAUGACUAAUGAAGGCAAGCAUCACCUCGGCCGACACAGCAACUUCACAGUAUUAUUCAAGUCUGGAGUGGGCAUCCUGGUAGCUGAAAACAGCAGCUUGUUACACGUCACAGUUAACUUACCGCCACAGUAUAAGAAUCUAAGAACGCCAUCUGGUGGUCUGCUUGGAACCUGGAUGGACAAGAGCAAUUAUUUCACUGCAGCCGACGGAAGCACGGUUUCUGUAUCAGCGCCACCUGGAGAUAUUUACCGGCGAUUUGGGUUAACAUGGGCUGUCCAUAAAGAGGAAUCCUUGUUCCAGAAAGCUGUGUCUGUAGAUUCGCAGUUUGUUCCCACUUUCUCGUCUCCGUCAAUACCUCCCGGUGCUUCUUUCAGCGAGCACGACGUGCACGUGCUGUGCGGUGACAACACCCAGUGUAGAUUUGAUUACUUGGUCACCGGAGACAAGCGGACCGCAGAGGCAACCAUCAAAUCAUCACAGUGGUUUGACGCAUUGCGAACGUUUCAACAGCCAGCCGAGGUCUGUGGUUUGCUGGAUGUUCCUAGAAGUAUAAAGGACAACUACAACUACAGCCGCGGCAGCACAGUCGUUGUCAUGGGAUGUCGUAAUGGCGGCACAGUCGAAGGGGAAGCAACUCACACAUGCAUAAAAGAUGACGGAGGGAACCUUGUCUGGUCACCGGAUGUGAAAGGUCACUGUACAGCCUCAACUAAAGCACUCAGCAAUGGAAUGAUUGCUGGCAUAGUAGUCGCUGUUGUAGUUCUGCUUGGUAUAGGCUUUGCCGUUGCCGUUGUGCUCUACAUAAAAAGAAACAAGGAUGAAAAGUCUCAGGGCGAAGGUAAGCGGGAAUCCGAGCAUGGAGAAGCAGACGCCAUGAUGAGUGACCUAGAAAAGCGAGCAGCAGAUACCGACUGAUGGGCAUUACUCUGACUAAACCAGUCGUACUAUUCAUGAUUCAGACUAAACCAGCGGCACUGCAUUAUUCAGACUAAGACCUAACAAAAUAAAUUUCUGGUCUCUGGUCAGCGCGCGCGUCGAUUUUGACCCUCACGCUUUAACUUUUUUUUUAAUUUCCCGCUUUAUGACGGGUUUUUCCCCCGUUUUUUUCUUGCUAUAACGUAAAACCGCAUUUAGAGUCAAAAUGCCAUCGCGCAUGAACUAGGACGUGCAUUCUGAUUGCAGUUUAAAUAUGUCCCUUAUUUUGAUAUCAAAUAUAUCCACCUUUUCUGUGCAAUCCAUGCUUUUUAAAAAAGAAGAAUUCUGGAACUUUGGUGUGACCAGAGACCGACUUUGUAGUUUUUUUGGCCUAAACCAGCGGUACAAAAUUAUUCAGACUAAAGCAGCGGUACAACAUUAUUCAGACUAAACCAGCGGUACAACAUUAUUCAGACUAAAUCAGCGGUACAUCAUUAUUCAGACUAAACCAGCGGUACAACAUUAUUCAAACUAAACCAGCAGUACAACAUUAUUCAGACUAAACCAGCGGUACUGCAUUAUUCAAACUAAACCAGCAGUACAACAUUAUUCAGACUAAACCAGCGGUACUGCAUUAUUCAAACUAAACCAGCGGUACAACAUUAUUCAAACUAAACCAGCAGUACAACAUUAUUCAGACUAAACCAGCGGUACUGCAUUAUUCAAACUAAACCAGCGGUACAACAUUAUUCAGACUAAACCAGCGGUACUGCAUUAUUCAAACUAAACCAGCGGUAAUGCAUUAUUCAAACUAAACCAGGGUACUGCAUUAUUCAAACUAAACCAGCGGUACUACAUUAUUCAAACUAAACCAGGGUACUGAAUUAUUCAGACUAAAACCAGCAGUACUGCGUUAUUCAGACUAAACCAGUGGUACUGAAUUAUUCAGACUAAACCAGCGGUACUGCAUUAUUCAGACUGAACUAGCGGUACUGCAUUAUUCAGACUGAACGAGCGGUAAUGCAUUAUUCAGACUGAACGAGCGGUACUGCAUUAUUCAGACUGAACCAGCUGUACUGCAUUAUUCAGACUGAACGAGCGGUACAGCAUUAUUCAGAUUAAACCAGUGACACUGCCUUAUUCAGACUAAACCAGUGGUACUGCAUUAUUCGGACUUAACCAGCGGUACUCCUUUAAUCGCCAUAGAGAUUUUAACCAAACAUCAAAACAUAGUUAAUAUAGCCGUGCAAGGUGUUUUUAAAACCUUUUAAUUAUUAGUAUUAUUUACCCAUGGAGAACAGAUCGUUCACGUGUUUUCUUUUCGUUUUCUUCCCAUGGCACUCCAUCCAUAUCUUAGAUACCCCAAGAAGUAGACAUUAAUCUAGGUCACAUAAAUGUAUUUAAGAGACAUUCCUGAGUUUGCUGCAUUAUAAGAUGUUUCCGACUAAUACAAUAUUCUUAUAAUUAAACUUACAUA